UUCUCUAAAGUUUCUCUCACUCGGUCACUCCUAUUUAGACGUACAAAGGUCUUCCAAUCGUCUCUCUUUCAGUGACCGUGCGGAUCGGGGAGAGAGACGAAAUACUAAAAAAUCCUCAAUAUCCUCAUCAUCCUUGAAUCAAAACCAGAUGAAGAUUAACGUCAAGACUCUUAAAGGUUCUCACUUCGAGAUCGAAGUGAAACCUGAAGAUUCGGUUGCAGAUGUUAAGACAAUAAUUGAGACAACACAAGGUUCCGACGUUUACCCCGCGGCUCAACAAAUGCUUAUUCAUCAGGGUAAAGUUCUGAAAGAUGAAACAACAAUGCUUGAAAACAACGUUGCUGAGAAUAAUUUUCUGGUCAUUAUGUUGUCCAAGAAACCUGCAUCUUCUGGACCUUCAACCACACCCGCUAGGCUGGCGACUCCCUCUGCCACAGCUCCUGCAUCGACAAUCCCUGCUCCAGCUCCUGCUCCUGCAUCAACAACACCUGCUUCAGCUCCUGCACCUUCGUCUUCACCUGCCACCGCUCCUGACUCUACUGUCGCUGCUGCUAGCACCGAGGGAGAUGUCUAUGGGCAAGCGGCAUCCAAUCUCGUCGCUGGAAAUAACUUUGAGGCAGCCAUUCAACAAAUCCUUGACAUGGGAGGGGGUACUUGGGACAGGGAUACUGUAAUCCGUGCUCUACGGGCUGCAUUUAAUAAUCCAGAGAGAGCUGUUGACUAUCUAUACUCUGGUAUUCCCGAGCAAGCAGUAGUUCCACCUGUGGCCCAACCACCGACAGCAGCGCCAGCUGUGAAUGCUCCUGCCCAGGCACCACAGCCAACACUACCAGUUCCUUCCGCUGGGCCUAAUGCAAAUCCGUUAGAUUUAUUUCCUCAGGGACUUCCCAAUCUUGGUGCUAACGCUCCUGGUGCAGGAUCUUUGGAUUUUCUUCGGAACAAUCAACAGUUUCAAGCUUUGAGAGCUAUGGUGCAGCAAAAUCCCCAAAUAUUGCAGCCGAUGCUUCAGGAGCUUGGAAAGCAAAACCCACACCUAAUGAGGCUCAUUCAAGAGCAUCAAGCUGAUUUCCUUCGCUUGAUCAAUGAACCUGUUGAAGGAGAUGAAGGGAAUCCAUUGGGCUCAGCAGUGCCACAGACUAUAGCAGUCACACCAGAAGAGCGUGAUGCCAUUGAACGUCUGGAGGGAAUGGGAUUUCCUCGAGCAGUUGUACUGGAGGUUUUCUUUGCCUGCAACAAGAAUGAGGAGUUAGCUGCCAAUUACCUUCUUGACCACAUGGAUGAUAUUGAUGAUUGAAGUCUGAAGAAACAAAACUGCUUCUUUCUGUUCCAUUUUCUCUUGGUUCCCUGUCAACAACUUCAGUCCCACACAGUCUAUAGUGUUAGAUGAUCUAAAAAAUUCACUUGAAAAGUGAGUUUUUGGAUGUUUUUCUUCCUCCAUUUUUCUUUUUUCUUUGGUUGGAAAAUCCAGUUGCAGUGCCUAUCAUUAGCCUUAGAUUUGUUAUUAUUGUUAUAUAUAAAAACUGAAUUAUCUCGAUCGAGGUAGUUGAUUAUUCUUUUUUUUAA